UCCUGAUUCCAGAAAGUCUACAUAUAUAUGCAUAUAAUAUAAGCACAAGAAUUGUGUAGUUAGUCCUGAAACUUGCCUCCUCCACCGAAACCUAAACAUCUUGCUAUCCUAAAAUCUCCAGAAAUAUAUAUAUAUAGUAAUAGAAUUAAGGUAGAGUAGAGAGAAUCAGCAUGCAAACUCAUCAUUCUUUACCAUACAUAUCUUCCAGUGAGAGCUUCUACAACUUGGAAGCUGAUGAAGAAGAUGAAAUUGACUGCUCCACUUUGCUCUCUCUCGGCCCUCCAGGCCAACACCACCGCCAGCAAAAGUACCACCCCAGCUUCGCUGCGUACAAGCAGGGGCAGGAUCACUUGCAAAACCCUAGCUGUGAAAAUGGAGUGACUGUGGCUCUUCAUAUUGGCCCACCGAGUGCUUCUCCAUCACUAGCCAUAGCAGAAGGAAACCCUAGCGAAAUUGCGGGUCUUGUAGAAGGACAGUACUGGAUUCCAACCCCGGCUCAAAUCCUUGUUGGCCCUACACAGUUUUCUUGUUCUGUAUGCAGCAAAACUUUCAACAGAUACAACAACAUGCAGAUGCAUAUGUGGGGGCACGGUUCAGAAUACCGGAAGGGCCCGGAGUCUCUGAGAGGGACAAAACCGGCCUCCUCAAUUCUGAGGCUGCCAUGUUACUGCUGCGCCGAGGGUUGCAAGAACAACAUAGACCACCCAAGAUCGAAGCCCUUGAAGGAUUUCAGGACCCUCCAAACCCACUACAAACGCAAGCAUGGGUCAAAACCCUUCGGCUGCCGUAAGUGUGGUAAGCCAUUCGCCGUGCGGGGCGACUGGCGCACGCAUGAGAAGAACUGUGGGAAGCUUUGGUUUUGCAUUUGCGGUUCGGAUUUCAAGCACAAGAGGUCAUUGAAGGAUCAUGUGCGGGCAUUUGGACAAGGCCAUGCGCCACACAGUGAGAAUUUGUACUCAUACGAUCAUGUUGAUGUGGAAGAGUUGGAAGAAGAAGAAGAACAGGAGGAGGAGGAGAAUUAGGACUAGUAAAAAUGGAGGCUGAAGUUAAUGGUGCACUGAUCAUCAUCAAACAUGUGAACUUGUGUUGCUAGUGUCAUUUUCUACGCACCAACUGAUAUUGAUUAGUGACUCUUUGGCAUCUAGUGUGUGUGUGUGUGGAGAGAGAAGACAAAUAGUAUAGUGAAAGCCAUGGUUCUAUAUGCAUUAAUGUUCGAAGUGGCAGUUCAAUUAGCAUCUGAUUAAAGUCUCUUUUUGUAAUUCAAA